AUGCAUUGGCAGGACUCGCGUGGCAUGGACCUUGAGGAGUUCAAGACACUCUGCGCAGAGUACAAGGACCGCUUGGCGUGUUUGAUGGUCACAUACCCAUCCACGCGGGCAUUCUUCGAAGAUAACAUCCAGGAGAUCUGCGCCACCGUCCACGAGAACGGCGGCCAGGUUUACAUGGAUGGCGCGAACAUGCCCUUUGGCCUGGAGCCUUCUAGGGUUUAG